UGCCUGUGCCAGGACUGUCCAGCCUGGCUGAGGCGGCUCCGAGUCUUGGGCCGGGUGGGCGUCCCACACGACGGGGAGAAGGACGGGCCAUCUCUCCGCGCGUUUGUUCCGACCCUUGAUCCCCGUCGUGGGACGGGCGGCCCUGCGCGGAGCUGUCCGCCGGGGCUACGCUCUUUCCCAGGCAUUCGCGCCCGCCCUCCGUCCUCGGGGGCCCCGGAGGCGGCCUCCUGAGCCUUGCGCGGGUUUUUACACGGGGAGGCUGGGGCUCGGAGGCGACAGUCAGCCCGACGGCACCCGGCCCAGUGGAGGUGGGGUGUUUCGGCUGAGGCCGCCGGGCCCGCCCCGUUCGCCCGCUUCUCGCGGCCCCGUUCUGCUCACAGGAUCCCAUGGCGGCCGCGGCGCUGAUGGACCGGGCUCGGGGCUGUGUGACCUUUGAGGAUGUGUUCGUGUACUUCUCCCGGGAGGAGUGGGAGCUCCUUGAGGAGGCUCAGAGACUCCUGUACCGUGAUGUGAUGCUGGAGAACUUCGCACUUGUGGCCUCACUGGGUUGUUGGUGUGAAGCCAACAGUGAGGAGGCCUCUUCUGAUCAGAGGGUUUCUGUAGGAGUGUUGCCGGUCAGGACUCCAGCAUCAGGUUCGUUUAUCGAGAAAGCCCACCCGUGGGAGAUGUGUGACCUACUCUUGAAAGACAUUUUGCACCUGCCUCAACACCAGGGAAGUGUGCCUCAACACUUCACACGGAAACUGUACACACGUGGCUCCUGUGGGAGAGGAUUCUUGUUCAGUCCAAACUUUGACCAGCACCAGAGUCGAUAUAGGGGAGCGAAUCCCGUCAGAGGGGAUGAUAGUGGGGCCUCAUUUGUGAAGAGCUGUGCAGUCCAUGUGUUAGGGAGACCCUUUACUUGCUGGGAGGAAGUGAUGGACUUGCCUGACAACUCUGGCCUCUUCCAGCACCAGACCACUCACAGUGGGAUGAGUCCAUACAAAAGGACUGAGUUCACGGAGUGUCUCCCACACAGCUCCAGUCUCGGGCAACGCCUGGGAGACCAUGACGAACUGAUGCUUUUCAAUUGCAGUGACGGUGGGAAAGCCUUUCAGAAUCCCUUCACUCUCCUUGACAACCAGAUAGCUCAUACUGAAGUGAGACCCUUAGGAUGCCUACCACGUGGAAAUAUGUCCAGGGAGAAAUCAGCUCUUCCUCAUCACAGAAAAAUUCACAGUGGAGAAACAUCACAUGUGUGUAAGGAGUGUGGAAAGGCCUUCAUUCACCUGUGCCGCCUAAAAAUGCACCAGAAAUUUCACACUGGAAAAAGACAUUAUACAUGCAAUGAAUGUGGGAAAGCCUUCAGGCGUAAAGACACACUUGUUCAGCACCAGAGAUUUCAUACUGGAGAAAGGCCUUACAAGUGCACCGAAUGUGGCAAAUUCUUUAGCCAAAUCUCCCACCUUGUUCAGCACCAGAGAAUUCACACUGGGGAAAGACGUUAUAAGUGCAGUGAAUGUGGAAAAGCUUUCAGCCGUAAAGACACACUUGUUCACCACCAGAUAAUACACACUGGAGCAAGGCCUUAUGAGUGCAGCGAAUGUGGGAAGGCCUUCAGCCGUAAAGACACACUUGUGCAGCACCAGAAAAUCCACACUGGGGAAAGGCCUUAUGAGUGUGAUGAAUGUGGGAAAUUCUUUAGCCAUAGCUCCAACCUUAGUGUACACCAGAGAAUUCACACUGGAGCAAAGCCUUAUGAAUGCAGCGAAUGUGGGAAAUGCUUUAGCCACAACUCCAGCCUCAUUCUACACCAGAGAGUUCACACUGGAGCAAGGCCUUACGUGUGCAGUGAAUGUGGAAAAGCUUACAUUAGUAGCUCCCACCUUGUUCAACACAGGAAAGUUCACACUGGAGCCAGACCUUAUGAGUGCAGUGAAUGUGGGAAAAUCUUUAGCUGCAACUCUAGCCUCAUUCUACACCAAAAGGUUCACACUGGAGAAAAGCCAUAUGUGUGCAGUGAAUGUGGGAAAGCCUACAUUAGUAGCUCCCACUUUGUAAAACACAAGAAAGUUCACACUGGAGCCAGAACUUAUGAGUGCAGUGAAUGUGGGAAAUUCUUUAGCCGCAACUCUAGCCUCAUUCUACACCGGAGGGUUCACACUGGAGAAAAGCCUUACUUGUGCAGUGAAUGUGGGAAAGCCUACAGCAGAAACUCCCAUCUUGUUCGGCACCAGAAAGUUCACACUGGAGAAAGGAAUCGUGAAUGCAACAGUUUUGGUGACCCUUUAGCUGCAUCUCUUAAACUUGUUUAGAACCAUAAAGUUCACACUAGCAAAAGGCCUUAUGAAUGCAGAAAAUGUGCUAUCUCCUUGUUCAACCUAAUAGGACUCACACCAGAGAAAAGGUCUGUGACUACCCUUCGUGAGGGAGCCAUCAGCCAGUAGGUGAACCUUGUACAUUUAUACAUUCAUCCUGGGGAGAUUCCAAUAAGUGCCACGUAGGUGGGAAGCUUUCCUGAGGUGCGUUGCACUUCCUAAACUGUCCGGGGCUCUUGACAGAGUUAUAUCUCUACCAGUGCCUGUGGCAUCAGUCCAGUAUGCUCAGGGAAGGCAGACCCCUGUGCCCUCUCUCCUGUUCCCUGGAGGAAUCUUGAGUGUUUGGAGCCCAUUGACAGGCCUCAUUUUCUCCCCUAUAACUGGGUUCUGAGUGAAUCUAAUCUAGUUCUGGCCAAAAGGAUCUGAACUGGAGUCUUCCAGGGAUUUCCAGACAAGAUUUCCCUUCUUUAUGGACAAUGUUGACCAUAAACAUGUAAACAUGAGAGCUGUGCUUCCAAGUCACCCAGCUUUGGAACUGCCUGCCCUAUGCUGCUGUGGUUUGUGCAGCGAUAAAUGUGUGUUGCGGCAGUCUUUACUGUUGGGAGGGGUCUGUUCACUGUGUGGAAUGGGUUGAGAAAAGAAUUGGGUGCUGCCAACAUGAAGGGAGGAAUUCCUUUUGUCAGCACCAACUUUGUGUGCCACAGAGGGGUCAGCCGGCUGGCAGAGAACAGAUCUCAGUCUGGUUUGGCCUAUUUGCCAAACCCCAGGUCACUUACAUUUUCUCCUAUGUUAUCUUCUAGGUGUUAUAAUUUUGUUUUGCAGUUGGGUCUGUUAUCCCUUUUGAGAAAAUUUUUGUGAAAGGUGUAAGAUCUGUAUUUAGAUCUUCUUUUGGUGAGGAAGAUUUGCCCUGAGCUAACAUCCGGCAAUCUUCCUCUAUUUUGUAUGUGGGAUGCCACCACAGCAUGGCUUGAUGAGUUGUGUAGGUCUUUGCCCAGGAUCCAAACCCUUGAACUCCAGGCAGCCGAACCAGAGCACACCAGACUUAACUACUACGUCACUGGGCUGGCCCCUAGAUCAUUUUUUUAAACAUGAGGAUGUCUAGUAGUUCUAGCACCAUUUUUUGAAGACUGUUCUUUCUCCAUUGAAUUGCCUUUCGUCCCUUUUCAAAGAUGAACUGUCUGUAUUUCUGUGGAUCUAUUUCUAGACUCUGUUCCAAUUUUUUCCAUCUCUUGAGAUAAUCGUUGUGGGUGUGGUUUUUUUUGUCUUUUAUUUUAUUUAUAUGGUAUAUUCCAUUAAUUGAUACUUAGAUGUUAAACUAACGUUGCAUUUCCUGGGACAGAUCCCAGUUGGUCAGGAUGUGUAAUUCUUUGUAUAUGUUGCGGAAUCAGUUUUCUGAUACUUUGUUAAUGUAUUUUACAUCUAUAUUGAUGAAAGGUAAUGGGUUUGUUGAUUUCUUUUCUUGUCAUAUUUCUGUCCAACUUUGUUAUCGGAGUAAUUCUGACCUCAUAGAAUAAGUUGGGAAAUUUCCUCCUCCUUUAAUUUCUGGAAGAGUUUGUGAAGGAUUAAUGAUAUCUCUUUUUUAAGUGUUUGCUAGAAUUCCUUAGUGAAACCACCUGAGCCUGGAAUUUUCUUGUGGGAAGAUUUUCUUUUUUUUUUUUUGUGAGGAGAUCAGCCCUGUGCUAACAUCUGCCAAUCCUCCUCUUUUUUUGCUGAGGAAGACUGGCCCUGAGCUAACAUCCGUGCCCAUCUUCCUCUACUUUAUAUGGGACGCCGCCACAGCAUGGCUUGCCAAGCAGUGCAUCGCUGCACGCCUGGGAUCCGAACCGGUGAACCCCGGGCCAUUGCAGGACAGCGUGUGCACUUAACUGCUUGCGCCACCGGGCCGGCCCUGGGAAGAUUUUCAAUAAAAGUUACUUAGUAUAUUUCUGUAUAAAUUUUUCUACUUAUGUCAGUUUUGAUAAUUGGUGUCUUUCUAGGAAUUUGUCCAUUUCAACUAAAUUGUCUCAUUUGGGCAGAUAAAGAUUGUUUAUAAUAUUCCCUCAUGAUGCUCAUGGGGUCAGUAGUGUCUUCAUUCCUGAUUUUGUUAAUUUGUUGUCUUCUUUUCUUUGUCAGCCUACCUAAAGGUUUGUCAAUUUUGUUGAGUUCUUGAAAGAACCAACUUUUUGUUUGAUUGAUUUUUCUUUUCUAGUGUUUCUCUCUUUUCUGUUUCACUGAGUUUUGUUCUAAUCUUUAUUUCCUUUCUUGUCUUGCUUUGGGAUUAGUUUGGUUUUAUUUUCCUGGUUUCUUAACAUGAAAGCUUACGUUAUUGACAUCUUUCUUUUUUGUAAUAAGCUGUUUAAAGCUAUACAUUUCCCUCUAAUCAUUUAAUUUAGCUGUCACAUUAAUUUUUAUGUGUAGCAUUUUUACAUUCAUCUAAUUCAAAAUAAUAUGUUUUUAAAUUUUAACUCGUAAUUUCUCCUUUGACACCUAGGAUAUUCGGCAGUGUGUGGCUUAAUAAGUCUUUCUCUAUUGAAUCUGCAGGGCCAUUAUCCCAGGGUGGGAGGAAUGCUUUUAAUUUUUCAGUAAAGGGCCCAAGUGUUACAAUUAAGGGCUUGAAAUGGAGAAAAUCUGUGAGUUAGUAGAAAUACCUUCCACUCUGAAGAAUAUUUUGAGCAGAGCUGUCAGGUGUUUAAUGUAGAAAGAGUAGCACCCAUUUCUACCAGGGAUUGAUGAGAAUGACCGUCUGUUGUUAAUUCUUCUUGUGUGCUUAAGGAUAUGGCAGGUUAUUGGGCACUUUUUCCUUCCUUAGAGCACCCUCAUUGAUCUGAAUCGAGGGAUUUUCUUUGUCUUGGUUUUCUUUCAUAAGAUGGGACCAUCUUUUUUCCAAUGUCCCUUCUGUUUACAGUAUAUUUAAGUGUCCUUGUCAAUAGGUGAUCUGUUGGGAAGUGGGUCACUUAGCUGUUUGAUCUGCAGGGACACAAAUUUACUUUUGGUCCUGUCUCAUUUUUAUUCUAAAGCCCUUUCAAAAUGUACUGUCAGGUGUUGUAGUUAAACUAAAAGGGCUAUUUAUUAUUCUGAUUUCUGUUUUUGAAUUUCUUCUCCAAUUCAGGCUUAACACCAUUGAUAAAAUGACAUGAAACAGCUGCUGUCACAUCAGCACCUCUGUAACUCCCAAAUGUUGCAAGAAGGCAUUUUUCUAGUGUAUUCUGAAAAUCUCCUGUGGUUUCAUCUUUUUAAAUUUUUUUGUUUCAAUGAUCAAAUUACUGUACAAUCAAUUUUUGUUGUAAAUACUUCAAGUAUGGUUUGUAGGAGACUAGGAUGUACUUUUCUGGCCUUUUUUAUGACUCGCACGUUUAUUUUAGACGUUGGUCCCUCUCUGGGUCAGUCCAGUCAGGUUUAGCCAUUCACGAUUAGCGUCUGAGGUUCCAACCAACAUAUAUACAAAUUGUAUGAGUCAGGUGGCCUGGGGUAAUAUGCACCCUAAAGAAUUCUAAAUUCUUUUUUUUUUUUUUUUUUUGUGAGGGAGAUCAGCCCUGAGCUAACAACCAUGCCAAUCCUCCUCUUUUUGCUGAGGAAGACUGGCCCUGGGCUAACAUCCGUGCCCAUCUUCCUCCUCUUUGUGUGGGACACUGCCACAACAUGGCCUGACAAAUGGUGCAUCGGUGCAUGCCUGGGAUCCGAACCCGGGCUGCCAGCAGCAGAGCACACACACUUAACCACUAUGUCAUGGGGCCGGCCCUAGAAUUCUAAAUUCUUUUAUGAAAAUUUGCUGGUCUUUUUUGGGUUGAAGGGAGUCUUUAGUUAUACCUCUUAUUUCAGCUCAGGUCAAAGGUUUAAAUCCUGUAGUUUCCUGCUUGCCUGACUCAUGGGAGGAGUGAAUCUUUAGAGGUAACUGGCAUUUGGGGCUUUAAGAGAGUUGUUGGGAAAAGGUAGGGGGUCUGGGCAAGGGAAAGAGUAGAGGGAGGAGGUGCUGAAGGAGAGAGAUCAGAAGGAUAAGGGGGAAGAGAGAGCUAGGUAUGGGGAGGCAACUGGAGGACAAGGAGAGGGAGGAUUUACUAGGGGAAUGAGGCUCCUUUGUUGUUGCUGAAAUUUGUUGCAUUGCUCCUUAGUUUCGGUCAAAGAAUCUGUUAGUGAUGCAGUUUUUGAUUCAGAAUUUGAUUUGGAGCCCUCUGCAUACUAAUAUAAAAAUACUGCCCAUUUGGCCUCAGAAUUCUUAUUUCCUUAUUUUCAAAGGUGACUUUCAAAUUAACACUUGUUCAAGUCAAAUGUCCCCCCAGAGUGGCCAUUGAAGGCCUAAAUCAUCCUUGGUGCAGUUAUGUUAUUUAGAAAGAUAGGCACAAGAAUUAGGAUUAUAACAGGAAUACAUGGAAAAUGCAGAAGUUUUUCAUGGAAGAGGAGAGGAUUUAGACUUAGACCACCCAUGAGGGCAGGUGAUGGUCGGUACGAAUGUAAGGCUUGUGGACCUCAGGCCCCCAGCUGACAGUUGGCCACCUCACAACCACAUACCCACAAUCUGUGCCCCUGGAUUGCGAAAACCAGAGGGAAUUCUCCCUCUAGAUUAUAGCCCAGCUCUCAAUACAGAAGUUAAGAGGGAAGGAGACCUCAUUUGGUUUAUUGGUGACCCACAGCAAAGUUUGUCUACGUAGUGGCUAGUAUAGUAAGAACUGCAAACCCACUGGUCUGUGAGGCUGGCUUGCACAAUAGGCUUAUAGGGCAAUGCCUGUAUUUUACCUUAGGAUUCAGCUUCUUAUGACAACCAACACUUUUAGACAGCACAGAAAAAAAAAUCAGUAACUUAAAGGACAGCGAAAAGGUAUAAAAAGGAAUGCCCUGAUCCACCAAGGAUCCCAAACAAGUGGAAACUAAUAACAAAACCCAGGUAUCAAACUGAGAACCAAAAGCCAAGGAACUCAACACAAAGAGAGCAGAGUUUAGACCUGGUGCUGACACGUCGUCUUUGCAGAUUCAACUUGUCCUGAGCAGCAAGGCACAAGGGACAUCUGUGGGUGCCACACCUGGUGGAAGGCUGGGGUCUGCAGUGACAGGCAGUGCAGUCCAUAUCUCACUGGGACUUUCAUGAUAACUAUAAUAGAUGUAACAUAGCUUCUAAAGUGGGCACAUUUAAUUUAUCUUCUUCCUUUGUCCAUUGAACAUUGACGAAUGAGACAUAGACAGGCUCAACAGUAGUGUGAGCUGGAGGACUGAUGAUAUACAAUGUAGAAGUGCCUUACAACUUCUGUUAUUAUUUCAACUUUGCACACUGAAUUUCUCUUAAACAAUUAUUUUUUCACUUGCUUUGAUACUAGUUGAGGAAAUCAGUCUCAUGCUUAACUGUUAGUAAUGUUGAUUUAUAGCUGUGAUUGACUGAAAAUUGCAUACCACACAAAGACCUUGAAGAGGAUUUUCACCACCUUUAAAAAAGAUCCACUCUUAAGGAAAUUCAUCGUAAAAUUUACACUUGCAUUUUGGUUUCUGUAUACACAAAAAGUAGAUAAUAGCAACUUCAGCAAGAAUAGAAGAGUUGCCUUUUCAAUCUUAUGUUUGUGUCAGUUCGUCUCUCACUCACAAGUCCAAACUCAUGACUAAGUGUAAAUAGAGGUUGACCUGUUAAAAGGUUUGCAAACUUGUGAACUAACAAUAAAUUGAAUGGUAUCUGAUACAAAAAAGAAAAAAGUGAACUUCCUGUUUGUCUGCAAGGGAGAGUUCUAGUUGUCAGUCAGUCUCCUCAAAAAAGGCAGAGCUGCUGUCAUUUAAGCUUUUGGGAAGUCUGGCAUUCCAGAAUUGGUGGGCUUUCAGAAAUGGGCGUGUUUAAGGAUUGAUGGACUUCGAGGUGUGUUACUGUGGUUGCUAGUGUUGACUAGUUGACUUUCAGAAGCAGGGUUACUGAAGUGAGGCACCUGCUGAUGGGCUGUUGUCUAGGAGGCCAGGCUGUCACUGAGUGGCUGUCUUGCAGGACUGGGAUAAGAUGCCCUCUUUGCACACAUGGUCAAAUUGUCAGAAAGGCAUCCCCUGUCCCGGCAGAAGAUGACAUGUCAUAAGUCCCUCUUCUUUUAUCUCAGAUAUGGAGUAAUAAAUAUUAUCUGAAUACAGAUGUUCUGUCGCUUGGAACACCAUCACUGACUAUCCAGGCAGGAAAGCUGUUUUCUCUGGAAACCACAGGCACAGCGUCACUCUAAUGACCUCAGUGCCUCCUGACAUUCCUCCUCCAAGUUCCCCAUCAUAGCCCUGUCUGGGAAUUUUUCUUACUGUCCCUGACCGACCCUACUGAAGCGCAUAAAAACUACUCCAGAGCGUCAGUGUCCAUGUCUUUGACAAGCAACAAGAUAGCUGACAGCUAUGAGGGGACGCCGAAUAACAUUACGGUAUGCUGUGUCCCUUUCAAUGAGCAGCCGUUGGGAAUGUGCUGCAAUUGACGGAGUCUAAAAAGAGGUCUGUAGACAUUUCUCUGACGUCCUAGACUGCGCCCCAAGGAAAUCUGGAACGACUCCUGUAAGACCCAGCACAGUCUUUCCCAGGUUGGAGCCUCGGAACUCCAUUACCUGGAGCACUUCACGUGUCCCUCAGCUUUUAUCCCCAAAGCCGGGAACCACCUGCAUUCUGAGACGGCGCGGGUAAAGGUGGGGAAACUACAUUACCCAGAAAGUUGUGCGGCGUGCGGCGACGACCGACAGAGCCAAUGAGGGCUUCGCAGAGAGACGUUUUCGUGCUCCCACAUCGCGUGGGGGCGGGACUUCCGGCGAUUUCC